AUGUCCACGGGCUCCGCGAGCGAGGCGGAGGAGCUGCCCGAGAUGGACCUGCGGGCGCUGCAGCUGGACUACCCGCCGCCGCCGGCCAAGCGCCAGCCCCGCGGCGAGCUCUAUCCCUCGGGGGACAACUCGUCGGCGGCGGAGGAGGAGGAAGAGGAGGAAGAAGAGGAGGAAGAGGACGGCGAGGACAGCUGCGCGGCGGGGCCGGCGGGCAGCGGCUGCAAGAGGAAACGGGCGCGGAGCGGCGGCCCCGGGGGCAAGAAGGCGGCGUCGGGGCCGCGGGGACCGCCGCCCGAGGGGAAGCAGUCCCAGCGCAACGCGGCCAACGCGCGGGAGCGGGCGCGGAUGCGGGUGCUGAGCAAGGCGUUCUCCCGGCUGAAGACGAGCCUGCCCUGGGUGCCGCCCGACACCAAGCUCUCCAAGCUGGACACGCUGCGCCUGGCGUCCAGCUACAUCGCCCACCUCCGGCAGCUGCUGCAGGAGGACCGCUACGAGAACGGCUACGUCCAUCCCGUGAACCUGACUUGGCCGUUUGUGGUUUCAGGAAGACCUGACUCUGACACCAAAGAAGUUUCUACCGCCAGCAGAUUAUGUGGAACUACUGCAUAGUCAGACUAAAUUGAGGAUUUCUUGUUGUUGAUUUUUUUUUAAUGGGUUGGAUAUUUUUAAGAGCUGUGAUUUAUCAGCUCAGGACUAGAAGAUGGGGCCAACCACCAUCUCUAACAGUGUUAAAUCUGCAUCCCUCACCAUUCUUUCCCCUUAGUGUUCUGAGGGCAGAUUAUUUAAAGCAGUAAAGAAUGGAGGUGGUUGAAAUUAGAGGUUUUAUGAACUG